AUGUCCAAUAAGAAUCGUAAUAGAAACAGUUUAUUAUCAUCUCAUAAUCGAUCUAGUCAUACAAAUUCCACUAGUAAAGAUGAACUACUAAAAUUGAAAUAUCUGAUGGAAUCUCCUAAUUUAUCCAUAUAUCCAUUAAAUGAUUCAUCAUCUAUGAUAAAUUGCAAAACUAAUGAUAAUUUGAAAAAUUCACCUUAUCAAAAAUCAAAAUCUCAACCACAGACCCAACCACAACCACAACAACAAGGUUCUUUGGUAUAUCCUGAUUUUAUGCCUUGGAAAGAUCAUACUCAAUUACCACAAGAUGAAACUGAAAUUGAGCAUCAAAAAUUAAGUAAUGUAUCUUAUUUGAACAAAGGUUAUUUUGAACCUCCACAAGUGGCCAAUGAAUAUUAUUCUGCUCGUAAUUUGAUUCAAGCUACAGUAUUUUUAUCUACAGAUAAUUGUACUAAUGUUAUAAAUGAAUUAUCUAUUCAUCUUUCUAAUGCUUAUAAAUCAAGAAAUGAAAUAAUUAAUAAAAUCAAAUUUGAUUCUAAUAAAUUUAAAUUACCUACUAGAGUUACAUUAACUCUGUCCAAAAAAGAAAUUUGGUUAAAUGAAUUAAGUAAUCCAAAUGUAUCAAUGACAAAAUUGGGGGAAAAAAUUCCUCAUGGAAUUAGAAAUAAAAUAUUGAUUGAUUGUAUAUGUAAUAAGAAAAUCCCUAUGAAUCGAUCUAUUUGGUUUACAAAAUGUGUAUUAUAUGGAGAAUUACUUGCAUUAAGAAGAAAACAUCAAAAUCGAUUAUCAACAAUUCCCAAUAAUAAUAAUAAUAAUAAUAAUAAUAAUAUUGGUAGUUCAUUGACAGGUACAAUGGAUCAUAAUACUGCAGAAAAAUUUGAAAUUCAUUGGCUUCAAGAAUGGACUCAACAAAUAACUGAUUAUAUUUAUAAAUUUUCUCGAGAAAUGAAUAAUGUGGUUAAUUUAGAUGGGAAAAAUCAAUAUAUGGGGAAAUUAUCUUAUUUAUUGAAUUAUAUUCAAUCAUUAUAUAUUGAAUCAUUACUUGAUAAAUCAUUAUUUCUAUCAUUGAUAUUAAAAUUUUUAAAAGAGGGACUUUGUUUACAACCAAAAUAUAUUAAUGGAUUGAUAUAUGCCAGUAUGGAAGAAAAUUUGGAUGAUUAUAAUGAUGACAAUGACGAUGACAAUGAGGAAGAAGGGCAAGAGGAUCAAGAGGAUAAGGGUAUUAUUGUUGAUGACAAUUCCGAGAAUAACAAUAAGACUAAGAUCAAGUCAAAGAAAAGAAAUUUAGCUUGGGUAGAUGAAAUUGAUAUGAAUUAUGGACAAAGAUUAGUAUCUUUAACAUUAAUCAAAAUGUUUUGGAAUGAUAUAUUGAAAUUUGAUUAUUUAUCCAAAGAAUUAAGUGAAUUAUUAUUACUUAACCAUUUUUUCAUCAAUAAAUUGUUGUUAAUUAACAAUAAUGAUAAGGAGAAAAAUGAUGUCACAGUAGUUAUAUCUGAUGGAUUACAAUCCAAAAUCCUUAAACUAAUAUCAGAUUGUAUCAGAUAUUUGUUUGAAUAUAAUUGUAAUAUUUUCAUUAUCCCUAAUCAUUGGACCCUUAUUGAACAAUCAUUAAUGAAAAUAUUAUUACUGGAUUCUAAGGCAACAUCGGAAAAGGAACAAGAAGAAAUUCAGAAACAAUUGGAAUUGAUUAAAUAUCGUAAUGAAAGCUUGAUUUUAAAUUUGAAAAGUGAGUUUAAUAAUUCUAACAACAAUAACAACAAUAACAACAAUAAUAAUACUAGUAGCUCCAAUUUGGUUACUACUACUACUGCUACUUCUAAAAGGUUUGUUAGAUCAGGGUCAUUUUCCAAUUAUACACCAAAAUCAAUAUCUAACACAACUAUGGAACAAGAUUAUUCAUUUAUCAAUAGAAGUUCUGAUGAUGUGUUGAAUAUUGUUGAAAAAUUGGAUAAUUUAAAACUUAAUGAAGAAUUUGCAACUUUUUUAAAACCAACCAAAAAAUCCAAUAUUAAUUGGAAACUUAAUUUAAAAGUUUUAUUAUAUUGGUGUGUUUUACCAUGGAGAAAUCCUAUCAAUUCAAAUGAAGAUAUUUUAUUUGUUUGUAAUUUUUUGAAAAAUACUGUGGUUAAAUCUUUAACAAAAUCUUUACGAACUGAAUUUGAUAAUGAAUUAUUAGAAAUUAUUUAUCAUAUUGCUGAAGAUAAUAACAAUUUACAAUUUACAAGUUCUAGACUAUAUGUUUUGAUAAAUGAAUUGUAUCAAUUGAAAUUAAUUACCAUUGCUGCUUAUUUAAGAAAAUUAAUUGCUUCAGGGAUUUUUUAUUUAGAACCAGGUAGUACUAUUGAUCAAAGUCUUAACAAUUUACCAAGAAUUAUGGAAAUUCAUUUGAAAAUUCUUGAAAAUUUACCAGUAUUAAAUAAUCGACAAUGUGAUAGUAUAUUGAAACGUUGGACUCCCAUGGGAUUUGAUUUUAAAGGCAAAUUUUCUCAAGGACAAUCAUUAUUACAAGAUUCAAUCAUUAUGAAAAUCUGUGAUAAUCAAUUAACUGAUGAAAUUGAUGGCAAAUGUAUUGAAUACAUUGAUUCUUUAAGUGUUGGAUUACAAUUUUUAUUGAUAAAUUGGUUGACCAAUGAAUUAAAACUGAAAAUAAAAUCAACUAAUAAAUUAAUUCAUUUUACUCCAACAGUAAUUACAAAACUUUAUCAAUUUUAUACGGAAAACUCAGGACUCACAGUUUUCUUUAAAGUUGUUAUUCAAACAAUUUUGAAAAAUGAUGGUGGUAUGAUUAUAUUUUAUCUUGAUUCAUUAUAUUUAAUAUCUAAAUUGGUUAUUAGACAUUAUAAAUUGAUCAAAUCAAUAGCUGGUACUCAUGAAUUAUCUACUGCUUAUGAUUUAUUUAAACUUAUUAUCCAAGUUUAUAAAGAUUUGAAUACUCGUGAAUAUGAUUGUUUUAAGUUCAAUUCAGUUUGGAAUUUUAUUAAUGCUGUCAUUGAAAAGUCAUCAACAAAGACAGCUGCUUCAAUGUCGAUAUCUUCUUUGUCUUCAACACUGGGGGGGAAUAGGGAUUCCAAACUUAAAUCAGUACAAGGAUUACAUCUGAAACAAACUAUGGAUUCACCCAUGUAUAUUAAUACUGUUGAUGAUUCACAUACUCAUGAAACUAGAUUCGGUACAAAAAGGUAUACUUCUACUGAUUUUAGAAAUGAUCUUAAUUUUCUAAUUACUUUACAACCAAGAACAUUGACACUUGAAGAACAACAAGAAGUGUUUGAUUUGAUUGAAAUUGAAUUGAAAGAUGUGGAUUCUAUUUUAGAGUUUUGGUAUAAUAAUUUUGAAACACUUGAUGAAGAAAAAGAAAUUAAUUUAAUGAAGAUACUUAAAAGUUUAAUUGUCAAUAAAUUUAGUGAUCAUUCAAGUCAAUUCAAUGAAAAAUUGAAACAAUUUAUUAUAUCAAAAGCUGGUCAAUCCCAAUCAAUAAAUUACUUCAAAGUGAAUAAUUUUUUGAAGAAACUUGUUAUUUUUGAUCUUGUUCGAAUUAACGAUAUUGUUAAGUUGAUUCAGUCUAUGCAACGAGAUGAUAUCAAUAUCAUUGAUGAUCCUAUAUUAUUUAUUUAUGAUUUGAUUUGGGGUGAAGUGGAAGAAACUUACUUUAGUUGUUGCCAAUUAAUCUUGUUACAAAUUGCUAGACGUAUGUAUCAAGAAAAAUCAAGUUAUCAAUGUACUAUUUUGAUGCAACAAGGAUUAUUGAAAAAUCAUGAAACACAAUUACAAAACAAUUCAUUUUUCAUAAAGUACAAACAAGAUGUAUUGACAUUUUUCCAUAAAGCAAUAAUUACCAAUACCAAAGCUAUUCAAAGUCAAUUCUUUGAUAAGUUGUCACAUUCAGACAGUUUACAACUAUUGAAUAUGUUACUUCAACGUCAAGAACAUGAAUAUAUUGCCACAAUUGAGGAUUUUAGUUUGUUUAUCAAACAUAUUAAUGAAUUCAACAUGCCUUUAUGUCAAAUAUUGUUGAACAUAUUAUUCAAAAUUUUUUUGCCAAUUGAUAAUAAAUUAGAAAUUAAACAUCAAUUGGAAAUAUUUGUCGAUAAUUUAUUACAAGAAAUCAAAUUUGAAUUUUCUAAUGAAAAUUCUUUUUUUGGAGAAUUGUUUAAUUUAAUGCCUUGGAAUCAAAAGAAUUAUAUUUUAGAAAUUCUUGAAACAAAAUUUUUAUUACAAACAAAUUUGAAUAAUGAUCAAAUUGAAUUGAUUAUAAAUGAUAAAAACUUAUUACCACCAUUGAAUGAUUUUUUCAAGAAAUUUUCUUCUUCUUCUUCUUCUUCAUCAUCAGGACAAAUUAUUGAUACUGAUAGUUCAUUUUUCCUUAAUUUAUUUAAUUUCAUUGGGAAUUUAGUUAAUGUGGCAAAUUGUCAAGAAUUGAUUAUAAAACAAUCUAAUAGUAUCAAUGAUACAAUAUCGAUUUUUUUAAGAAUUUUAAUUAUUCAUAAACUGUAUUUAUGUUCAAUGAUAUCAAGAAAUACUAAUGAAGAAAAUGUGAUUUCAUUUGUUACUAAAUUAAUUGAUUUACUCAAUUCUGAUUAUUUGACUAAUCAUAAUGAUAAAUUGAGAAUUUUACUUUAUGAUUUACUUUUGUUAAUGAAAUCAUCAGUUAGUGAAGAAGUUAAUUCAAAUAGAGAAUUAAAUGAUAAUAUUCAAGGGAAUGGGAAUGGGAAUAGAAGUGGAAGUGGGAGUGCUGGUGGAGGAUCAAAUGCAACAUCACCCAAUCAAGACACAAUACCAGAAGAUCAGAAUAACAAUACUACUAAAGACCUGAAAUCUCAAAUUGGUGUUACCAAUAAUAAUGAUAUGUUGGAUGUUAUAACCCCUGCAGUAUCUCUGAUUCAAGUUUUAUUUGAUUUACCUGAACCUAAUGCUACUAAUCCAUUUAAAGAAUUUAUAGAUGAUAAAUUGAUUAAAUGUUCAAUCAUGCUUGAAGAAGAAGAAUUAAAAUAUGGUGGUGAUUAUCAUGUUUUCAAUAAUACUGGACUUUAUUUGAAAUCAACGAAAAAUUUUGAAUCAGUAAGUUUACCUCCAUUUGUAAAUGGAUUAAAUAAAAAUACUGGUGAUUAUGAUAAUUCAUCAACAAAAAUGGUUAACACACAAUCUUUUAAAAUGAAAAGUUUUGAAAUAUUAGAAGAUGUAAAUAGUAAUACUAACAAGAAUUCAGUCAAUGAUGGAUGUAUCAAUUUAAGAUUGUUUGAUGCUUAUACUACAAAUGAAAAUCCCCGUUAA